AAACUGAUUUUUGCAGUUCUAAGAAGAUUGAAGGAAAGAAACGAUUAAAAUUAGACUUCAAAAAAUCGAAGCGAAAGAUGAUCGGAAAUACCUUAUCAAAACAUAUUGACAACCUCCAGGUGAACUUACUCAGAGAUCGCUUACGAGUGAGUGGUCUGUCUCUUAACGAAAUGCUAUACCUCCAUGGUUCGAACAACAUAAAUCGACCACCCGAACAUAAAGCUUUGAAAGCGAAGACACAUGUUUCUGCGAAGAAGCUGUUUGACACCUGUGCAGUGGUUUCAAACAGAGACGAUCUACGGCAAAGUAAAUGUGGCGCGGAGAUUGACGCCCACGAUUAUGUUAUGCGUUCGAACAUGGCGCCAACGCAAGGUUUCACAGACGACGUGGGAAAUCGGACCGAUUUUAUGGCAGUUCAUCAAACGCGAUUUUUAGACAUUGCAAGAUGCAUUCAAAAUAAAUACAGUUCCUGUCAUGAGAGUGCCAAACGAGAAUUAUCAGAUCUCGGUGAUGCGAACAUGUGGAUUGUUAAACAUGGCGGCAUUAAUCCUAAAUCUUUUGAUCAGAUUGCAAAGUUUGCCAGAUACAACGCCAUAGACCUGGUUCUAUCUUAUCCAAACAUGAAGUAUCUUAGAACAACUAUUUCAAGCUUCUGGGGUUUCAACAUCGAUGUCUCUUCAAAUGGAAUAUUCCUGUUUACUGUCGCGGUGCCAUUAUGCAAGAAAAUAUCGCUGUAUGGAUUCCAGACUUCGUCUAUGAAAAAUAGCUCUAAAGUCAACCCAUACUUCAUGGACAGUCCUCUGCAAGAGUUUAAUCAGAAAAACGUACUGAAACGAGAACUGAAACAAUUAGAAAGUUUGAAUGCAACACGUACUCUAAGACUCGUAUCCCUGCCAUGCUCUUUAUAAAUGUGAAUUUUCUUUUCUUUUGCU